GGUGGAAGCGGAAGUAAAUAUUGUUCAUCGCUGUGUAAACAAAAGGAGUGAAUUAUUACAUGAAUUCACCGCAGACAUGAGAAGUUCACGUUGCUUUUGACAACUAUUUAGUUUUUAUGCUUCCGAUGUUCUUAAUGACUGUAGUGAUAUUCCGUCAUUCUGUACAAUAAUCGGAGAAGCCAGUCAUGGACAGUGAAGUGUCAGACUUUGAACAGCCUCCCGGACCAGAGAGGACUCUGAUUCGGGGCAACGCACCUGUGUAUUGUCUUUGUCGCAGACCAGAUAUCAACUGCUUCAUGAUUGGAUGUGACAGCUGCAGCGAAUGGUUUCAUGGGGACUGCAUUAAAAUAUCAGAGAAGACGGCCAAAACCAUCCGCGUGUGGUACUGUGAGAAGUGCAGAAGUAAAGACGAAACCUUAGAAAUCAAAUACCGUCCCAAGAAAAGCCGGGAGAAGGAAGCAGAGACAGACGGGCUCGAUACCCAACCUGACACACCAGAUUUCAAGUCAGACGGACGGCGAGGGUCACGAAUUAAGCGCUCUGCUCGCAUGUGUGGAGAAUGUGAAGCCUGUAUGCGCACAGAGGACUGCGGGCUGUGUGACUUCUGCAAAGACAUGAAGAAGUUUGGAGGCCCGAAUAAGAUUAGACAGAAGUGUCGACUGAGGCAGUGUGAAGUGCGCGCCAGGAAAAUGUUGCGUGUGAAGGACGAGGAGUGCUCCAUGUCUAGGAGCAGAGACUAUCAGGAUGGCCCACUGUCUGAGGAGUACAGUGAGAAUGAGCUGGAGCUGUAUCAGCAGUACUGCGCGGGACAGUAUGGAGAUAACAGCACGGCUUGGAAUAGUGAUGAUGAUGAUGGUUCAUAUGGAGAAUCGUCUCUGAGAAAGAAAGCUGUUAAGGUCAAACACGUGAAAAGAAGAGAAAAGCGAUCUGAAAAAUCUGAAAAAAAGAAAGAGGAGAAUAAAUCUCGGAAGCACAAGCCCAAGCAGAAGCACCGUGACCGGGUGAGACACAGCGAGCGGGCAGAGGUUCGAGACAGCGGAGGAGCCAGACAGUGCCUCGGACCCGGCUGUGUGGAAGCUGCACGCGCAAACUCAAAAUACUGCUCAGAUGACUGCGGGAUGAAGCUCGCUGCAAAUCGAAUCUGUGAGAUUUUGCCCCAGCGGAUCCAGCAGUGGCAGCAGAGCCCGUGCAUCGCAGAAGAGCAGGGCAAGAAGUUUCUGGAGCGAAUCCGCCGUGAGCAGCAGUUGGCUCGCAUGAGGCUCACUGAGAUGGAGAAACGCUUUCAUGAGCUGGAGGGCAUCAUCGCUAAAGCCAAACAGCAGGUCGUGCAGUACGAUGAAGAGGUCAACGAGGGCGAUGAUGACACCGAUUUGCAAAUCUUCUGUGUGUCCUGCAGUCAUUCAGUUAACCCCAAGGUGGCGCUACGUCAUAUGGAAAGGUGCUAUGCAAAGUAUGAGAGUCAGACGUCCUUUGGCUCCAUGUACCCCACACGCAUAGAGGGUGCUACGCGGCUCUUCUGUGAUGUUUACAAUCCACAAAGUAAGACGUACUGUAAAAGACUGCAGGUCCUCUGUCCGGAGCACUCCAGAGACCCCAAGAUUCCUGCGGACGAGGUCUGUGGGUGUCCACUGGUUCGAGAUGUGUUUGAACCCACCGGUGAAUACUGUAGAGUGUCCAAACGCAAGUGUAACAAACACUACUGCUGGGAGAAACUCCGCAGGGCUGAAGUCGACCUGGAACGAGUGCGAGUGUGGUACAAGUUGGAUGAAUUGUUUGAGCAGGAGCGCAAUGUGAAAACAGCCAUGACGAAUCGCGCAGGUCUGAUGGCGCUCAUGCUGCACCAGACAAUUCAACACGACCCAAUUACCACUGACCUGAGAACCAGCAAAGACAGAUAAGAGAAAUGAAGAAGUCCUCCUGAAGUCGCCUCACAUUUGUGAAGAUUUGUUCACAGUUAUUGUCUUAGCGGUUUGUCAAAAAUUGAUUUUAUGUAGUGUUUUUGUUGUUUUUAUGUAGAAAUGUCUUAACAUUCUUAAAGGGAAAGUUCACCUAAAUAUAUAAAUUUUGUCAUCCUUUACUCACGCUUCACUUCUUAAUGUUUAACACCAGUAAACGUUGACCUCCAUAUUUGUUUUUCUGGUAACACUUAAUAUUUACUACACACUA